AUGCCCCUGCUGCCUAGCACCGUGGGCCUGGCAGGCCUGCUCUUCUGGGCUGGCCAGGCAGUGAACGCCUUGAUGAUGCCUAAUGCUACCCCGGCCCCAGCCCGGCCUGAGAGCACAGCUGUGCGGCUCCCGAGUGGCCUGGGGGUGCCCAGGUACCGCCGGAGGCGCCACAUCUCUGUGAGAGACAUGAAUGCCUUACUGGAUUAUCACAACCACAUCCGGGCCAGCGUGUACCCACCUGCUGCCAACAUGGAAUACAUGGUCUGGGACAAGCGGCUGGCCAGGGCUGCCGAGGCCUGGGCCACCCAGUGCAUCUGGGCACAUGGGCCUUCACAGCUGAUGAGAUACGUGGGCCAGAACCUCUCCAUCCAUUCUGGCCAGUACAGGUCCGUGGUGGAUCUCAUGAAGUCCUGGUCUGAGGAGAAGCGGCAUUACUUGUUUCCCGCCCCGAGGGACUGUAACCCACACUGCCCCUGGCACUGCGAUGGCCCCACCUGCUCCCACUAUACCCAGAUGGUGUGGGCAUCCUCCAAUCGGCUGGGCUGCGCCAUCCACACCUGUAGCAGCAUCAGCGUCUGGGGCAACACCUGGCAUCGGGCGGCAUACCUGGUCUGCAACUACGCCAUUAAGGGCAACUGGAUUGGUGAGGCCCCGUACAAGAUGGGAAGGCCGUGCUCCGCCUGUCCCCCCAGUUACCAAGGCAGCUGCAAUAGCAACAUGUGCUUCAAUGGGCUGAAAUCCAACAAGCUCCCGUGAUUCUGAAUUUUCUCCGGGCUUUGGUGUGCCGCCAGCUGGGCCUGACCCUCCAUGUCCUGCCCUCAAAAAACUGGGUGGAGAAAUAAUUUCUUCUUUAAAGGAGAUGAGUUAGAAUUACCCCCUAUUUAAUUUUCCCUCCUAGAUUCCCUUUCUUAAAUGUCCAACAUGGGUCAAAAGAAAAUGACCUCCUUGCCUGCCUUCUUUCCUAGUUGCAUCUUUCUUUUCUUGGGUCUCCGGGAAAGAGUCCUGCAUCUUUCAUUAAUUCAGUUCUCAGAGAACCAAGGCUGGAAGGCAUAGAACUGGCACCUUAGGAUCAGGCAUAAUGGCUCACACCUAUAAUCCCAGCAUUUUGGGAGGCUGAGGUGGGAGAAUCACUUGAGUCCUGGAGUUGGAGAACAGCCUGGAAAGCAUGCAAUACCCCAUCUCUAUUUCAAAACAAACAAACAAACA